UUUAAGGAUCUGUGACACGGAAAUGUUUUCAUCUUCUAAGGGAGAAACACACAACUCGCAAUAUGUGUACGGAAAAGUGUUCACUGUGUUUGUACCCAUUAGUGCUCAUCUCCGUAAUCUGUAAUAUAAUACUGUUUUUUCCCUGUUGGGAUGUUAAAUACGUGCAAAAAGGACAAAUUACAUGGGAGGUAAAACUUAUGGGAGGACUCGUUGGAGGAGGUUUACUGGUAUUGAUCCCUGCAGUUCACAUUCACCGGACUGGUAACCAAGGCUGCUGUGCUAAGUCCUGUGGGAUGUUUCUGGCAGCAGUGGGUGUUGUUGGUGCCCUCUAUAGUUUCUUAGUGGCACUGUUGGGCCUAUUCCAUGGGCUCUACUGUGGAUAUGAUAUUGACUGGACAACUCCCUUAAAAAAAACAAAGGGUGAAAUGUAUGUUAAACAUAAGCAUUUAUGGACAACAUGCACUAAGGCUGAGCUAGAGAACGUCAUGAUGAAGUUUAAUGUGGUUCUGUUCUCAGUGCUGUUGGUGGCCAACAGUCUGCAAAUCAUCCUUUGUGCUUUACAGAUCAAUGGCCUUUUUGGAUGCCUUUGGAAAAUCUUCAAGAACCAAUUCUUCCCACCAAGUCUCGUAGAAUCUUGCCAGUGCAUUGCGGGUGCCUGCCUUAGAAAGUAACUCAAUGUGUUUCGCUUCACAGAAUAUCCACAUGGUGGCACAUGGAACAACACACCAAAGCCUUACAAGAUAUUCUCUUAAAGACUCAAAAGGUUUUUUUUAAGAUUGUAUAAUAUGCUUAUAGAUUAUUACUUUAGAUUUCAAAAUUUAGAUUUUUUUAUUUUACUUCACAUUACAUCAUGAUUGUGAGAAAACAUCCACAAUAAAAUAUAAAUUAUAAAUACUACUAGGCAAUAUUUACAGUAUUGUAUAGGGUAAUACGGACAUUUGAAAGUCUACACUUGAAGUUCUUGCCGGAGCAUAACUUUUUGUAACUGUUAAGAUGAUUGUGUGUGCCAUGGGCAUUUAUAUGAAGUGCAACCGAGAAUUUAGUGUAAUCCGCCUACAUUAAAUACAUGUGACUCUGCCUGAAAAACCCAGCUUAAGUAAUUUAUUUGUGAUUUUCUUCAUACAAUCAUCCAACAUAACGUUUUACAACUUUUCACAACAUUGUAUUUUUGGAAGCAAUUAGGUAAAAUUGCAGCACAAUGUCAGGUAAUGUUGCAGCACAGCUUUAGGUGUAAUUCAACGCAUUGUGUUUAUAUUUUGGGCGCUUCUGUUUGCUCUUACAAGAUUUACUAGUAAAUUAAUAUUUUAAUUGAAAUGUCUUAAUGGAUUAAGCAUAAAUA